AUGGCUGGAAUUGUGAGCCUGCUGAGUCGUUUGCGCAAGCUUAACAACCCGCCGGAAGUGCCCGCGAAACAACCAAACGCGUUGCGAUUCGGGAUACUGGGUGCGGCUAGAAUUGCACCAGCUGCUCUCAUAGUUCCAGCAGCUAGCCAUGCCGACGUAAUUGUCACUGCCGUGGCAUCUAGGGACCAGGUGAAGGCUAGUGCAUAUGCCAAGAAACACAAUAUCCCAACAGUGUACUACGGAACCGAAUGUUACCAACAGCUAUUGGAUGAUCUAAACGUCGAUGCAAUAUACAACCCGUUGCCGAACAGCCUUCAUUAUGAGUGGACUGUGAAAGCUCUCAAUGCGGGGAAACAUGUUCUCGUAGAGAAACCCAUCGCAGACACAAGUGCGGAGGCCCAGCAAAUGAUCGAUCUCGCAACGCAGAAAGGGCUCGUGCUGCUCGAGGCUAUUCACUGGACUUUCCAUCCAGCUUCCCAGCGCGUGAAAGAACUGAUUGAUAGUGGGGAACUCGGCAAACUCAAGAGCAUCAAAGCCGAUUUCGCGCUCCCCAAAAUUCCGCACGGGAUAGUGUUCCUUGAGGAUGAUGUGCGUUUCGAGUAUGACUUGGGUGGCGGUGUUACCAUGGACAUGGGAGUCUACCCUCUCUCUGCGGUCCGGUACUUCUCCUCCAGCGACCUUGCGAAGGUGGAGAGCGCGAGCGCCAUUGGACACGAGCGUGAUCCAGCACGGAUCGAUCGCGCCAUGAGCGCACACCUAGUCCUGCAAUCCUCCGUGGAGGCGGACGUGUUUUUCGACUUCGGCAUGCCCGGAUGGGGCCCAUUCCACCUGCUGCCACGCAUGGUCAAAGGUAGUGUCUACAUCGAGCUCGAGGGCGGCACGAUCGACUACUUCAACUUUGCGCUACCCACGGUGUAUCAUAGCAUCACCGUCAAGCCGAUCGGCAAGAAGGCACGUAUCGAGAAGGUCUAUCAAUUCAAGGAGGGACCCGGAAAGGAGUGGUGGUCGACGUAUCGAUACCAGCUUGAGGCUUUCGUGGACAAGGUGCGCGGGCGUACCCCGCAGACGUGGUCGGCCCCCGACGAGCCCAUCAAGCAGAUGCAGUGGGUGGAAAGCUUGUAUGCCGCAGCGGAGAUGCCUGCCCGGCCUGCGUCGACGUAUUACGCUACUCAUGCACAUGCCUGA